AUGGCUCCUGGCAUCUUGUCAUACUCGUCCCGCGGCACAUCACCAUCAGCCAGCGCGGGCGUCAAGACUCCGGCUACGCACUCUCACACAUCCUCCGUCGACUCGCUAUCUGGCCUGGCCGUCGGCCCGUACGAUGGCAGGCGCCUUGAUGGCGUCCGUCCAGACGGCCCUGCGAGCAGGAGCAGCAGCAGCAGCGGCUUUAGCAGAGCCAGCACCGACGAGCACGUCGACCCUGGCGCCUUCAGAAACGGAAGCGCCGGCCGUCCUCCGAGCCAGGACCAGAGCAGCAUGCCCAUCGCCAUUGUCGGCAUGGCAUGCCGCCUGCCCGGCAGCGUCGCCAGCCCUGCCGAGUUCUGGGAGCUGUGCUCGCGCGCCAGGACCGGCUUCACGCCGGUGCCCAAGGAGCGCUUCAACCACGACACGUUCUACCACCCUAACCCGGGCAAGACGGGAACGUACCACGCCUCUGGAGGCAACUUUCUGGACGUCGACCUUGCCGCGUUUGACGCCCCCUUCUUCGGGCUGACAGAAAAGGAGGCCAUUUCAAUGGAUCCGCAACAGCGCCUGUUGCUCGAGUGCACCUUUGAGGCGCUCGAGAACGCUGGCAUCCCCAAACACUCAAUCGUCGGGGAGGACGUCGGCGUCUUCAUUGGCGGCAACUUUGCCGAGUACGAGAGCCAUCUGUUCCGAGACAGCGACACGAUCCCCAUGCACCAGGCCACGGCUUUCGAUAACCGCGGAACCGGUUUCGGCCGCGGCGAGGGUUGCGGCAUGAUCGUGUUGAAGCCGCUCGACCAAGCUCUGAGGGACAACGACUCGAUCCGUGCCGUCAUCAGAGGCAGUGGCAUCAACCAAGACGGCAAGACGCCGGGAAUCACAAUGCCCAACGGCUCAGCGCAGGAGAAGCUCAUGAGACAGGUCUACCGAAAUGCAGGCCUCGACCCCUCCUACUGCGGCUACGUCGAGGCCCACGGGACGGGCACCAAGGUUGGCGACCCCCUCGAGGCCACGGCCAUCCACAACGUGCUGGGCCAAGGAAGGACGGCGAAAGAUCCGCUCUUCAUCGGCUCCGUCAAAUCGAACAUUGGCCACCUGGAGGGUGCAUCUGGCAUCGUUGCUGUCAUCAAGGCGGCCAUGAUGCUGGAGAGGAACUUUCUCCUGCCGAAUCACGACUUCAAGACGCCAAAUGAGAAGAUCCCCUGGAGCGAGUGGCACUUGAAGGUCCCCGCCACACAACGACCCUUUCCGCGAAACAAGAAGUACAUCAGUGUCAACAACUUUGGCUUCGGCGGCACCAACGCGCACGUCGUCCUCGGCAAGGCUCCCUUCCCCGCAAAGCGGUCGGAGAGCUGGCAGUCGACAAGGUCGGCGACGCCCGACGAGAAGGCCCGGAGCAAGAAGCUCUUUGUUGUCUCCGCCAACGACAAGAACUCGGUCGCCGCAGUCAUGAAGCAGAUGGUUAUCUAUCUCGAGCAGAGGCCCGAGAUCUUCCAAGCGGACCUCAUGAAGAACGUUGCUUACACACUCGGAUCUCGACGAUCUCUCCUGCCAUGCCGUGUGGCCAUCCCUGCCGCCGACUCCUUCGAGCUCAUCGAGGCUCUCAAUAGCGGCAAGCUCGUGCCUGGAAAGGAGAGUGAGCCUCUGAGGAUGGGCUUCGUCUUCACUGGUCAGGGUGCGCAGUGGUACGGCAUGGGUCGCGAGCUCUUCGAGCAGUAUCCCAUCUACGCUGCCGCCAUCGCGCGGGCUGACGAUUGCCUACGAGCCUUCGGUGCCGACUGGAGCCUGGUCGAAGAGCUGAAUCGAGAUGCAAAGACGUCCAGGGUCUCUGAGGCGCACAUUAGCCAGCCAUCUUGCACGGCUGUCCAGCUCGCUCUGAUCGAUCUGCUGACGGCUUGGGGCAUCCGUCCCACGGCUGUCGUCGGCCACUCGAGCGGCGAGAUUGGUGCCGCAUAUGCUGCUGGCGUCAUAUCCUUUGAGGCGGCCAUGUCUGUUGCGUACCACCGCGGCCGCAUGAUCCCAGUCUUGAAGCAGCGCUUCCCUGACCUCAAGGGCGCCAUGAUGGCCGUUGGCGGCACAAAGGAAGAGGUGCAGCCCAUCAUCGAUGCCAUUCCCAAUAUCAGGAUCGCCUGCUUCAACAGCCCGUCCAGUCUGACCAUUUCCGGCGACAGUGCUGGCCUGGACGAGCUGUCCCAGGUCGUCGAGGCGAAACAAAUGUUCAACCGUCGCCUGCAAGUAGAUGUUGGAUAUCACUCCCACCACAUGAACCUCGUCGCCAAGGAGUAUCGUAGUGCUAUCCAGACGCUUCCCGCGCCGCAGAAGACCGCUGUUCGCUUCCACUCUUCCCUGCACGGCGUCGAGAUUGACGGCACCGAGUGUGAGUCCCACUACUGGGUCAACAAUCUGACCUGCCCGGUCCGCUUCGCCGAAGCGUUCGAGACGAUGCUGCAGCCCGUCGGCGACCACAAGACGGGCGUCAACAUGAUCCUCGAGCUGGGCCCUCACUCAGCCCUCCAGGGUCCCAUCAAGCAGAUCCUCAAGGAGCUGGGCGGCCCUGCAGCCAAGGUCCCCUACGCCUCGGCCCUCGCCCGCAAAAAGGACGCCAUCGAGUCGGCCAUGGACCUGGCCGCCACGCUCAUCACAAAGGGAGCCAUGCUGAACAUGGACGCCGUCAACUUCCCCCAGUCGGACGCCCUGUCCAUGGCCAAGCCGCCCACGCUGCUGACAGACCUCCCGCGCUAUGCGUGGAACCGCCAGACGCGGUACUGGCACGAGUCACGCAUGACGCGGAUGCACAAGAACCGCGAGGGCGCGCGCAGCGACAUCAUUGGCGUCGAGGCCAUCUACUCGAGCGACCUCGAGCCGACGUGGCGGAACAUGGUGCACCUCGACGACUUGCCCUGGCUGCGGCACCACAAGGUGCAAGGCCUGACCAUCUUCCCAUUCUCCGGGUUCGUGGCCAUGGCCCUCGAGGCAGCGGCGCAAUGGUCAAAGCGCAAGGAGAUGGCCUUUGACAGGUUCGAGCUCAGGGGCGUCAACGUUGCCAAGCCCCUUGCUCUGUCUGACACGGCAGACGUCGAGAUGACGAUAAGCCUGCGCCCGCAGCAAGAGACGUCGUCUGCGUCGACGGAGGCGUGGUACGAGUUCCGCAUCUGCUCGUGGAGCCAGGCGAGCGGAUGGACGGAAAACUGCACCGGUCGCGUUGCCACGCAGUGUCAUGCGAGCAACGAUGUCGAGAGUGCUGAGCAGAAGGCGGCGUGGCGAGAGGGAGCGCAGGCUAUCGUAACCUCUCUGAGUGAUGCGGUCGCCAUCAAGGAGGCUGACAUGUACGAUUCGCUCGCUGAGCUCGGUGUUGGCUACGGGCCUGCUUUCCAGGGUAUCACAGAGUGCAAGGCGUCUGAUGUUUGCUCUGUUGGGAACAUCAUCUCACCUGACCUCGCACAAGAUAUGCCGAACAACUACAUGACGAGCAUGGUCCUCCAUCCUACAUUCCUCGAAUCUGCCAUUGAAAUGUACUGGCCUGUUCUCGGCGCUGGCAGGGAAUCGAUCAACACAGUCUACCUGCCUUCAUCUCUCAGCAGGAUGGUCGUCUCAGCGGACGUCACAGCACUCACCAAAGAUGCCGGGAGCAGCCUUCGUGCUUUCUGCAAGGCCGAGUUCCCUGCUGCUGCCUCACAGCGCCAGCCUACCAAAGUCUCGGUCCUAGCAGCAUCAUCCGAAGACUCGCAGAACUUGAUCCUCGAGAUUGAUGGCCUCACAGUGUCUCCACUGCUUGACGGAGCGACUGAGACAGACAGCAACCCCGCGCGCGAGCUGUGCUACAAGAUUGAGUGGGAGUCCGUCACGUCCUUUGAGGAGAAACCUCUUCUGAGCACUGCCGACAUUGUCAUUAUCCAUGGCGAGUCCAACUCGCAGCAGCUCAUCGCCAACGGGCUCGCCAUCGCCAUUGCUAGCGUGACGGGCAAGCUUCCUGAGAUGGGCGGCCUUGGCGAGGUCGCCACGGAGGGCAAGCUCUGCGUCGUCCUGACGGAGAUUGACUCGCCAUUCCUCGCCGCGCCCACCGAGGCGCAGUUCACCUCUGUCCAGAAGAUGCUGACGACCGUCCAAGGCGCCCUCUGGGUCGUCCGAGGCGCGUACGCCGGCUCCACGUCACCUGAGAGCAACAUGAUCCUCGGCCUUAGUCGGACGGUCCGCUCCGAGGCCGUGCUUCCCUUUGCGACGCUGGAUCUCGAUGGCGCGAGCCAACUCAAUGACAGCGAGGCCAGCUCAGCUAUCAUGAAAGUUUUUGGCCUCAUGUUCGGCGUCGAUGCUUCGUCGCCGAGCAGGGAGCUUGAAUUCAUGGAGAGGCGGGGCGAGUUUUUCACGCCGAGGAUCGUGCACGACGAGGUCAUGAAUGAGCAGGUCCAUCGCGAGACAAACCCUGACGUCGUUGAGGCGCAGCCUUUCGGCCAGGGUGAUCGGAUGCUGAAGAUGGACUUUUCUGUUAUGGGGGAUGUUUCGCACUUUGUCGACGACGAAGCUGGCCAGGCGCCCCUUGCGGACGAUGAAGUCGAGUUCGAGGUCAAGGCCGUCGGUGUCAGUCUUCGAGACGCCGUGCUAGCCAAGAGUCAUGUCGUCGAUGCAGAGAAGCAAGCCCCAGGCGUCGAGGCGUCAGGUAUCAUCACAAGAAUCGGCAGCGCCGUCACAUCCUUCUGCGUCGGCGAUGCGAUUGCCGCGCUGACGUUCAACAGCUCUGCCUUUGCCACGCGUGCCCGUGCUUCUGCUUCAAUGGUCUUCACGUUUCCUGAGACGCUUUCUUUCAAGGAUGCCGCCAGCCUGCCCCUGGCCUACUGCACAGCCCACUAUGCGCUCAUCGACCAGGCUCGCCUCGAAGCUGGCCAGCGGGUUCUGGUCCACGCGGCCGGCAGCGGUAUCGGACAAGCGGCGCUACAUCUCGUGCAAGAUGUAGGCGCCGAGGUGUUUGUGACUGUUGGCUCGGCAGAGGAGAAGGCCCUCGUCGUGGGCUCCUUUGGCGUCUCAGAGAACCACAUAUUUUACAGUCAGGACCUGUCCUUCGGGCCCGCUAUUCGGCGCGUCACCGCUAACGACGGCGUUGACGUGGUUAUCAACCUACUCCCGGGAGCGGAGAGCCUGAGAGAGAGUUGGGCGUGUCUCAGUCGUUUCGGCCAUCUUGUCGACGUCGAACGUGGCGACGGCAGCUCGGGGGCUCGCGUCAACCUCGGGCAGUCCAACAGAAAUGCCUGCUUUAUGAGCGUGGAUGUUUUCAGCCUGGCCCAGCACCGGCCAAAGGUGAUGGAGAGACUUGUUGCGAGUGUGGCGAGGCUUGUUAGAGACCGCAAGGUGCGGUCUCUUGCGACAUCUAUGGACUAUGGAAUUUCAGCCGUCGAUGCGGCUUGCAAGGCGCUCCAAAGCGGUCCCGUGUUUGGCAAGGUGGUUGUGGUUCCACAGGCGAACGAGAUGGUCAUGGCCACGCAAUGCAAAACCGUCGGCGCUCUGCUGCAGGCCCAGGCAACCUACGUGCUGAUCGGCGGCACAGGUGGUCUCGGGCGCAGCAUGGCCCGGUGGAUGGUCACCCACGGUGCCCGCAACCUUGUCCUCCUCUCCCGUCGUGGGUCCAUCACCGACAAGGUCCGCGUCCUCAUUGAGGAGGCAAGCGCUCAAGGCGCCAACAUUGCAGUCCGCUCCUGCGAUGUUGCAGAAAAGGCGAGCGUUGAUCGUCUCUUCACACACCAGCUCGAUGGCCUACCUCCCGUCCGCGGCGUCAUUCACGGUGCCAUGGUCCUCAAGGACGUGCUCUUCGAAAAGAUGACGUGGUCUGACUACACAACCGUCGUCAACUCCAAAGUCCAGGGCGGGUGGAACGUUCACGAGGCGCUGAUGCGUCAGGACGCCAAGCUCGACUUCUUCAUCGCCAUAUCCUCGGCCUCUGGCGCUGUCGGCAACCGCGGACAGGCGGCCUACGCUGCAGCCAACACAUAUCUCAACGCGCUCGUGCAGCACCGUCUGGCGCAGGGUCUGCCGGCGACGUCUCUCGAUCUGACCGCCGUCUCGGACGCCGGCUACCUCGCCGACAGCGGGGCCGAGCGCGCGGCCGAGGUGGCCAAGAAUCUGGGAUCGGACAGCAUCUGUGAGGCCGAGGUACUCGCGCUCAUUGGCGCGGCCAUAUCUGGGAAGACGUCAGUGUGCAACGAGCACGUCGUGACGGGAAUGCGCAUCACGUCUACGGUGCAGCCCUUCUGGACGCCAGACGCCAAGUUCAAGACGAUGCGGAUCGCGGCUGAGGAGCAGGCUGCCGCCGAGGCGGGCGCGGCUGGAUGUGCGGCGGUAUCGCUGAAUGCGUCCCUGAGAGCGGCACGCAGCGAGGCAGAUGCCGAGGCUGUGGUGUGCGCUGGUCUCGUCGACAAGAUUGCCGCCGUGCUCAUGAUGGAGCCGGAGGAGCUGGAUGUCACGCGCAGCUUGUCGCACUACCCGCUCGACUCUCUUGUGGCCAUUGAGAUCCGAAACUUCAUCACGAGGGAACUUGAGGCGAACAUGCAGGUGCUGGAGCUGUUGAGCAGUGGCAGUAUCCAGACACUGACGAGGACGGUCUGCAAGAAGAGCAAGUGCUGUGUUGGGUUGGAGUGGACUGAGAGUUAG